AGCAUCUGAUGAAAUUCUUGUUUUUUUUCAUCGGAGAAAAGCAAAACGGCGGCGAAGAUGGAUGUGGCUCGGAUAAAGCUUCUAAGGAACAAGAGAUUAGUUGUGGUGAAGCAAAUGAGGCGUGACAUCGCUGUUCUUCUUCAAUCCGGUCAAGAUGCCACCGCUCGUAUUAGAGUAUCACUAUCCUGCUUCACUUUGUAAGAGUUUUUUCCUCUGCAAUUUUCAAUUCAAUGAAGAUUUUGCUUUCAUUUCCUAAGAACGGCACAACUGGAUAUAUAAUUGAUAAAGAUAUGGUAGAGAU